AUGCCAGCCAAACGGCGGUUCACCUCUCGUUUUCCCACGACAAGGAUAAAGAAAAUCAUGCAACUAGAUGAAGAAAUCGGAAAACUAACUGCUACUGUACCUCCAGUUGUUUUAUUUUGCAGCAAAUAUGUCAUUGAGAAUGAACCUCGAUAUGCUUUCCUCCGAUCCCUUGUUGCGGAUGUUCCUGAAUUGAAGCCUAACAGUCGAAAACCAAGCAAUUCUAAAAGCAAUAUCGACUCGGAUGCACAGUCAGAAAGCAGUGAUGCCUCUUUAUCAGGUGUCGAUGAACCUCAUCCCAGGACCUUAUCUUCAAAUACGAAAAAGUCAACUCGACAAAAACGUAGACAGUCACCAUGCUCUCGAAACGUUAAUAAGCGCAUGCCUUCUUUGGAUGAAAAUCCAGGUUCAUUAGCACAAGGUCUUGGCUCUUCAGUGGAUCUAAUGUCAGCAAGUAAAGCCAGUAAGGUUCGCAGAAAUGGUAAAAGCGUCAGUAAUUCAGAGACUAGUUCCGUUUCAUUUGACAGUUCUAGUGUUCGUAAUGAAGGUCUAGUCGAUUGUCGAUAUACCGAAGCAUAA